AUGCCGGGCUGUGGCUCUGCUCAACGAGGUACCCUCUGCUCUGCCAUGGCACACUUCGCAACUGGAACCCAUAUCUGCAGCUUGACACCACCUCUGCCCUAGAUCAGCACAUAUAAGGGCUCAGAUACACCAAUGGCGUUUGCUGGCCGAGAGUACUUAGCACCUAUGAACGUAAUUUGUGAACAGAGUGCGCGACAAUUUUGCAUGUAGAAUCACGUGAAAUAUGUCGGCAGUCAGACGUCUACAGCGGGUGGUCCCUAAAACAAAGCACGCUGAAAGAUCGGCAGACGAACGCUAGAUCCACAUUUGGUUCGAUGUGUGCAAGCCUAAAUGUAAUGCCUGCCUGACUCACACUCUCAUUCCUACUGUAUGGAAUGACAGCAGUGUGAUGUAUGGCUGCUUUGAGACAAGGUUGAAAAGUGCUAUUAAUGAUGAUGAUUGAUGGUACUGCUGUGGUAGUUUGUCUUAAAUGCUAAGUGUUUGACCUCUACAGUAGCUGGAGGCUGACAGCCGUGUCUCAUCAGCACCUUAGCUCCCGAGUGGCGCAGUGGUCUAGUAGCUGUGCCACUAGAGAUCCUGGUUCGAAUCCAGGCUCUGUCGUAGCCGGCCGCGACCGGGAGACCCAUGGGGCGGCACACAAUUGGCCCAGCGUCGUCCAGGGUAGGGGAGGGAAUGGCCGGCAGGGAUGUAGCUCAGUUGGUAGAGCAUGGUGUUUGCAACGCCAGGGUUGUGGGUUUGAUUCCCACGGGGGGCCAGUAUGAAAAAUAAAAUAAAAUAAAAAUAAUGUAUGCAUUCAAUAACUGUAAGUCGCUCUGGAUAAGAGCGUCUGCUAAAUGACUAAAAUGUAAAAUGUAAAUGUUAGGACUGUAAAUGUAGACAUUUAACCCUAUCAGGGGUUUGGGAAAUAAACAACUGUCUUAAAUAAUUUGUCUAAGGGCUGGGGAAGGUCCCAGCUGCUUAGGGGAGUCAUUUCCUGUAGGCUUCUACAUCUGCAAUGCUUGCUGUUUGGGGAUUUCGGCUGCGUUUCUGUAUAACACUUUGUGACGUCUGCUGAUGUAAAAAGGGCUUUAUAAAUAAAAUGUGAUUGAUUGAUAGGCAUAUAGGGGCAGAGGUGUAAAGGGACAGUGGUCCUGACUUGUGCUAUAGGGGACGUCUCGUUCCUCAGUGUUGUGGUUACUGCCCACAUGAUCCUCAUCCACUGUGACUCGGUUGGCAUUUCUUGGGCAUCUGGGACAAUGAGCACUGUGGUCUAAGCCGGUUGCACUGCUUUAAGGGCUUCCCUGUAGUCUCUCUCUCUCUCUCACUCUCACACUCACUCACUUUCUCUCACCUGCAUUUCACUCAGAAAACUUUCAACAUUUGUAGCUAGGUUGGGCAUAAUGUCUCUUUCAAUGUCUUACACCUCAAAAAUUGAAUUCCACAAAUAAUUUCAAUUCGUUGGAUAUGUUAAAUUAUAUAAUUUUCCAUUGUCAUGGUUCUGGCAGCUAACUUGGUGCCAUGCUUGUUUGGUCACUGCCUGCUUGCUGCCUAACAGUCUGUCACCCAGGCUAAGCUCAAGUAGAACUGACCCAAACUGUGAUUUAAUUAUGGUGUUGGCUACAGAUAGUGGAAUUCCAAAUCCUUUCUAUCCUGUUCAUUGUGUUGUGGUGACAUAUCUUUAGUAACAUUGGAAAGAGACCUAAAUCUGUGCCAUUAAACAUUAAAUGUGUAUAGUACAUGUUAUAGCCUACAUCUCCUAUAAAGUUUAGAGGUUCAGUGCUGUCCAAUCCUCAGCCUGUCAUGUUAAGAGCUUCUCCCAAAAUAUAAACGCAACAUGUAAAGUGUUGGUCCCAUGCUUCAUGAGCUGAAAUAAAAGAUCCCAGAAAUGUUCCAUACGCAAAAAAAAAACGUAUUUCUCUAAAAUGUUGUGCACACAUUUGUUUACAUCCCUGUUAGUGAGCAUUUCUCCUUUGCCAAGAUAAUCCAUCCACCUGACAGGUGUGGCAUAUCAAGAAGCUGACUAAACAGCAUGAGUAUUACACAAGUGCACCUUGUGCUGUUGACAAUAAAUGGCCACUCUAAAAUGUGCAGUUUUGUCACACAACACAAUGCCACAGAUGUCUCAUGUUUUGAGGGAGCGUGCAAUUGGCAUGCUGACUGCAGGAAUGUCCACCAGAGCUGUUGCCAGAGAAUUGAAUGUUCAUUUCUCUACAAUAAGCCGCCUCCAAUGUCGUUUUAGAGAAUUUGGCAGUACGUCCAACCGGCCUCACAACCGCAGACCACGUGUAUGGCGUUGUGUGGGCGAGCAGUUUACUGAUGUCAACGUUGUGAACAGAGUGCCCCAUGAUGGCGGUGGGGUUAUAGUAUGGGCAGGCAUAAGCUACAGACAACGAACAUGAUUGCAUUUUAUCAAUGGCAAUUUGAAUGCACAAAAAUACUUUUAGGUAUCUGUGACCAACAGAUGCAUAUCUGUAUUCCCAGUCAUGUGAAAUCUAUAGAUUAAGGCCUAAUGAAUUCAUUUAAAUUGACUGAUUUCCUCAUAUGAACUGUAACUCAGUAAAAUCAAUAUAAUUGUUGCAUGUUGUGUUUAUAUUUUUGUUCAGUGUAGGUCUGAGUGUGUGUUAACCAUCACAUCAAGUCAUGUUGUGUAUGUUAGAACAGAAUGGGGGACAUUGUCACUAUUAGAAAAGGAUUUCACGCUUUGACAUCAUCACAUGAUAGAUAGGGGCUAGCUUUACAUAAACAUUUUCAGGUAACUUGACCCCUGAGGAGUUAACAUUCUGUACACUCUCUUAAAUCUUUUGAGAGUCUGGUGGGCUGGGUUACUGAAGAUGCUCUAUCUUCAUCCUGACACACACACUGUGGUGCCCUGGCGCUCAUACAGGCUCAGUGUGUGUUUCAUCUCUCGCUGGCUUCACUUCUCUGCUAAGCGCAUUCCUGGCACCCAGAGGCAUAGGGCUGCAGGGGUGUCACACUCCAGAGCUGGCACCUUGUCCCCCCCCUCCUUUCCCAACAACUACCCCCGUUCCUAAAGCAGAGCUUCCUUCUCUACAGAGGCACCCCUUUGAAGGACGGUCUAGUUUCUUUUAAAGAGCAGAUUAUCCUCGCAUACUGUUUCCAAGUCUCUUUGUCUGUCAUGGACCUCUGCCGAAGCCUCGAUCCAAGAAUGCCACUUGGCAGAGAACAUAAUUAAGGGAAUGUCUGCUCUACUGAUAUGUAGUGUAACCUUCUCUCAUGUGUUCUGUUUUCCUAUUUUUCUGCCUAUUUUUCUGUCUCUUGCUCCAUUUGGAAAUCAGUGGCUACAUGACUGCCUGUGAUGAUGGCCGAAGAAAGUCCUCAAAUGCAUGGCUCGUUAUUAGAGUUCACAUCAUGCUUUACAUUAUCAUGGGGAAUUCUGAAUUAAUAUAGGCAACUAGGCAUACAGACUUAGGUAGGCUAAUUAUCUCACGUAACCGAAAUAUUACAUUCUCCUUUUCCAAUGAUGUAACUCAUCAAAGCUGCAGAAGCUCUUCUGACUGACGUAACAUAUGAUUCAGGAUGUAAAUGUCAAGAUUUGAAUUGCCACUUGUGAGGAUGAGUUGGCUGAAUUACUUUGAUCUCUGUGGCAUUUGCUCAGUGCUGUCAUUAUAAAGAUGGCACUAUGUUGACUUGAAGGAUAGGAUGUAGUAUAAGCUUGCUCAGUUGAACUCUUGGACAGUUUAACUGUGCAGUUACCAUUUCAAGAUUGAUACAAGGUGUGCCAAUGUACACAGCUAGGCCUGUGUGGAAGAGGCACCAAGGCACUACUUUCAUCUCCCAAAAGGAAUCUGGGAUUAAAUGUUAAAUUGAACCACCUUGCCACAGCUUUGCCCCUCUUUUCCAAAGCAUCUGACUGUUCUCCAUUUUUUUUAUGUCCCUCUGACAUGUUCUCCUCACCAAUUUGUUUCUGUGCGAGUGCCUUUCUGUGUGCACAGAUGACACAGAUGUGUGUCUGAGAGAGAAGUGUUCCUUCUUCCCAGUCCUCCCUCCAGCUCCCAUUCCCUCUGCUCUGGGCCUGUAGCAUUCCAGUGCUGAGGUGGCUUGACUGGGAGCAGAAAGAUUUAAGCCGUGUCAAACAUGCUGCUCAGUUUUCCUUCCUCUCUGCUCCUCACUUCUCUACUCCUCUCUCUUGCUCUUCCUGCUCGCUCUCAUUGUGGCACUGGGUGUUUAAACACGCCUUGCGCCAGCCUGGGAUCUGGUAGCUUCCACAGUGCUGCUGACUGUUUGUUUGUCUGUGUGGUUGGUUGGUUGGUUGGUUGGGUUUUCUCCUCCUCCACCAGAGCUAAGCUGAGGGUUUCUGUUCCCUGGCCCACAUCCAGAGCUCCCAGACAAAGAGACUAUUGAUUACUGUCGAGGGGGAAGAGACUGGGGCUUGUUUUCACGGCAGGUUUGAUUUGAUUAGGCGUGUUUUGUGUUUGCCCUUCAAGCAACAGCAGAGCAAACAGAAGCCUACAGGCCAGAGAUGAGACGACAUGCUACAAAUAGAACCUCUCUCUCUCUCUGGUGACCUUAAACACACAACGCUGCAGAUAGAAUGUAUAACUAAGGAAAUAAUAGGAUUGGUUUCUUAUCUUUUUUUGACAACUUUAUCUAUUGAUUUUCACAAACCAAAUAUGGCAGUAAUAGACUGUAAAGAGAUCCAGACAGACGGAGACAGGAGACAGGAUUAUACUGUAAAAGAGAACAUCUUUAACAUCAGUAAUACUUUGUAUUAAUGUAUUGUCUACUAACAGAUCCUUACAAAUGUCUCAACCGCAGAGUCUAUUUGAGAUGGUGAGAAGAGAUGGUUGGAUGAUAUCGGAGAGGGCCUGAUUGGCUGUCUAACUUUUAAUGAUUCAUGAACUCAAAAAAUGAAAAGCUGAAAUGUCUUGAGUCUAAUUAUUCAACCCCUUUGUUAUGGCAAGCCUAAACAAGUUCAGGAGUAAAAGUUUGCUUAACAAGUCACAUAAUAAGUUGCAUGGACUCUGUGUGCAAUAAUAGUGUUUAACAUGAUUGUUAAAUGACUACCUCAUCUCUGUACCCCACACACACAAUUAUCUGUAAGGUCCCUUAGUCGAGCAAUGAAUUUCAAACACAGAUUCAACAACAAAGCCCAGGGAGGUUUUCCAAUGCCUCGCAAAGAAGGGCACCUAUUGGUAGAUGGGUAAUAAUACAAAAAAAAAAGCAGACAUUGAAUAUCCCUUUGAGCAUGGUGAAGUUAUUGAUGACACUUUGUAUGGUGUAUCAAUACACCUAGUCACUUCCUAACUCAAAGAUACAGGCGGCCAAAGAUACAGGCGGCCUUCCUAACUCAGUUGCCGGAGAGGAACGAAACUGCUCAGGGAUUUCACCAUGAAGCCAAUGGUGACUUUUAAGGGGUGGUUUUUGCGUACAUAGUUUAAUUAAAGUCAGGACUAGGCUAAUUCUAAUUAAAUUAAUCCAGAUUUUAAAAAUGGCUUUCUAAGACGUUGCUUAACUUCAGAGUCCCAGACUAAGGUAAGGACUAACCAGUUAAUCUUUGUGAAGUCUGAUUAGAUUAACGAUGUGCACUUGGUGCUGACCUAAGGAUGCUUCACAAAACCAGGCAUGGGACACUAGUACAUAAGCAUUGUGUUGAAUUGGAGCAAGUCACCUAAACCAAACAAUGGACGGAGAUAAAAUAAUUUCAGUGACUUUGGAAAAAAAACCUCUUGAAGCGAAUUGUGUCAAACCACCCAAUUAUCAAGAACAAACAGCAUGAUUCAUCAACAGAAAACAAGAAAAAGAAUGCCUGGACUACCAUUUGUAAUGAAUUCAACUCAAAUGAAAAAGUAAACAAAAGGACGCUACAACAACUUCAGGUAAGAUACUGUAUUGGUUGGCCCACUUUUACAAAUCAGUCACUUUGAAAUGAUAUUUUUCUUGCGUAACACAACACAGUGGAGCAUAAAUGUAUUUGUGUGACAGGAAUGUAACACAAACAAUGUCAUACAUAAUUACUAAUAUCAUUUCUAUAUUGUCUUGCCUUUCUGAGGUUCUGUGGAAAAACAUACAAAUCAACUUAAAGACAUAUGCUGUUGCUCAUAGGGAGCGUUUCAAGACUGGUAAGACCAGAAACAGAUGAGCUGGGGGACUUGUUGACCGGGAUCAUUGAUAGCCAGCAACCCCUGGAAGGGGUGACAUAUUGGACAGUUCACAUUGGGGACCGUUCCAAUCCUCAUUUGGUAGGACACAUUCACUCAGCAUGUGCCAUCCCCGUACUGCAGGGAAUAUGUAAUGUUGUCAGUCAUCUCUUGCACUCCCAUAAAAUAACUUAUGUAAUGAACUCAACUCUUGAAGAAAUAAUGUUCUCUAAUGCAGCAAUGUAAUCAUUUUCUAGAGGCAGAUGAUCACCAUAGCUUGGAGGGGACAUCUGCUGCAGCCAGGAGGGAAGAUUGUCACUAACCCGGGCCGGAGGACAAAUACAAAGAGGCUGAGCAUGCAUGCGAACCUGGCCAUGGAAUUUUAUGGGUGCAAACUAAUGUAUUUAUAAGAAGAGCAUGAUAUGAAGAUGCAGAUCCUUGAUGUUACCCCUUCCCACGUGCAACACUGUUGGAGAACUGCAAAUUGGGAGGACACACACUUUGUACAUUUAUUGAGAACCAGUUUUUAAGAUUCCUGGACUCCUCAGCAUCUGCUGUAGAGGGACACUUGAGGGGAAUAUGACAUCCAUCUAUACAGCCAAUGACUCCAGGGAAGUUCCAAUAUUCAUAGAACCCUACCUUGUAGUUGGCUUGGGCAGCAGCAUUUGGGAACUUGAUGUAUUUGUCUUUCAGUUCACCUAUAGCAUUGCAGACUUUGUGGACUAUUCUGCAUACAGUCGGUUCACUUACACCAUACAAAUCUCCUGUUUCACGAUGGAAGGUUCCAGAUGCUAAAAAACCUCAAGGUGAUCAGUACUUGUAGGGAAGAAGGGAUGGGCCUUCCCCGAAAAGAGUCAGGUGAAAUCCUUGGCUCAAGUAAACUAAUGUCAGCUGCAUUUUCUAUUUACAUACGGAAAUUGAUUUCAUCAAAAUCAUUCAGUGGGUUGCCCCUGUCUAUAACCACCCUUCUGUCUGGCCUUGGUGGUGCUCUUUGAUCAUAAUUCCAUUUUCCUCCAUUGCCAAGGUCAACCUGGGGGCCAACAUCCAUUAAUCUGAAGUUAAACCUGCCUCUGGCCAGGUUUUAUUCAAGCCUUCACAGAUCUAGAUUAACUCUAAUCGUCCUUCUGAAAAUCGGACUUUUUAAAUCUAGACUAUUAUUUUAAACCAUGUCUGAGAAAUGCGAUUUGUUAGUCCAGUUUAAAAGUGCAAUUUAGUCUAGGAUUAGGUUUAAUCUGUGUCCGCGAAACCGCCCCUGUAACAGUUGGAGUUUAAUGGCUGUGAUAGGAGAAACCUGAGGAUGGAUCAACAACAUUGUAGUUACUCCACAAUACUAACCUAAUUGACAGAGUGAAAAGAAGGAAGCCUGUACAGAAUAAAAAUAUUCCAAAACAUGCAUCCUGUUUGCAGCAAGGCACUAAAGUAAUACUGCCAAAAAUGUGGCAAAGCAAUUAAUAUUUUGUCCUGAAUACAAAAUGUUAUGUUUGGGUCAAAUACAACACAUUAUAGGGGUGGCUGCAUCAUGUUAUAAAACCUGGUUCAGUUAGAUUAGUAUUGUCAAGUAACUACAAUGUUGUUGAUCCAUCCUCAGUUCUCCUAUCACAGCCAUUAAACUCUGUAACUGUUUUACAGUCAAUUGGCCUCAUGGUGAAAUCCCAGAGCGGUUUUCUUCCUCUCCAGCAAUUGAGUUAGGAAGGACGCAUGUAUCUUUGUAGUGACUGGGUGUAUUGAUACACCAUCCAAAGUGUAAUUAAUUUUUACCCAUCUUCUAUGCGAGGCAUUGGAAAACCUGCCUUUUCUUUGUGGUUGAAUCUGUGUUUGAAAUUCGCUGCUCGACUGAGGGACCUUACAGAUAAUUGUACGUGUGGGGUACAGAGAUGAGGUAGUCAUUCAAAAAUCAUGUUAAACACUAUUAUUGUACACAGAGUGAGUCCAUGCAACUUAUUAUGUGACUUAUUAAGCACAUUUUUACAAGCCAAAGCGGUUGAAUACUUAUUGACUAAAGACAUUUCAGUUUUUCAUUUUUUAAAUUAAUUUGUGAAAAUGUUGAAAAACAUAAUUCCACUUUGACAUUAUGGGGUACUGUGUGUGUGUAGCCCAGUGACAAAAUAUCUCAAUUUAAUCCAUUUUGAAUUCAGAAAAAGUCAAGGGUUGUGAACUUUCUGAAGGCACUGUGAGUACUGUUUGUGAUGUAAAUCCAGAUUCUGAAGCAUUAAUACUGUGCCCCCUGCAUCUCUCCUCUUCCUCUCCUGUCAGAUGGGAUCCACUCCGUGUCGGCCCAGUGUCUGCUCCAGGUCACCAUCAUCACAGACGAGAUGCUAUCCAACAGCAUCACGCUGCGAUUGGCCAACACCUCCCAGGAGCACUUCCUGUCCCAGCUAUUGUCCCAGUUCUUGGAGGGCGUGGCCCGCGUGCUGUCAGCUGACCGCGAGGAUGUUGUAGUGUUCAACAUCCAGGAUGACACAGACGUUAGCGCCCGCAUCCUCAAUGUCAGCCUGUCUGUGGCCAUGUCCGGGGAGGGCCCGCGUGGGGGAGGAGAGGGGCCCCGGGGGGGCGGAAGGGUGGGCAGAGGGGCAGCAGGGGCCAACGGAGUGGCAGAGUUCUUUGGUUCUGAGGAGCUACAGGAGAGGUUGUACCUGAACCGCAGUCUGCUGGCCCGCAUCUCCUCCCAGCAGGUGCUGCCCUUCGAUGACAACAUCUGCCUGAGAGAGCCCUGCGAGAACUACAUGAAGUGUGUAUCCGUGUUGAAGUUCGACAGUCUGGCGCCCUUCGUGGCGUCCGACACCAUCCUGUUCCGGCCCAUCCACCCCAUCGCCGGCCUGCGCUGCCGCUGCCCCACCGGCUUCACGGGAGACUACUGCGAGACAGAGAUUGACCUGUGCUACUCCAAACCCUGUGGAACCCAUGGCCUGUGUCUCAACAGGGAGGGAGGCUACACCUGCGAGUGCCUCGAUGACUAUACAGGUGAGUGA